GCCUAAUACAGUAAGUCAAUUCAAACUCAGUUAGCUCUAGCGCCGCCCCUCCCAUAGAUAGACUGCCAAAUAUUCGUCCUCGGCAAAACGACGACCGCCUUCGAACUUUACGGUGUACAGCUGAGACUAGAGACGAGCCUAUCACCACCGAAAUUCCCAUCUAUCUUGGUUUUCUAUGGAGGCUUUCCAGCUCCUUUCCCGAGGAGGCGUGAAAUUCAACAAGAAACGGUUUGCAACUCAGGUGGAGAUCUUCAAUAAAGACUCGAGGAAGCUCGAUAAGGGAAAGCAAAGGGCUAGUCUGACGGAGGAAGAGCUCCCACAUGACUUGGAUUUCUUCAAGUAUGCUCAGAACGUGAAUACCAAGCGCAAAUCCACCGAGGACGCAAAGCACACGAGCAAGAAACAAAAAGUAGCUGAGGAUGAUUCCGAUGAGGCGUUACCGGCAUGGACUGCACCAAUUCCCCGUCAACGCGUAACUGCUAAAGGUUCCAAUGUACCUGAUCCCAUAGAAUCUUUCCGGGAACUUAGGGAUCGGUACCACAUAAGCUCGCACUUCCUGUCCAACCUAGCGCAGAAUGGGUAUAAGGAACCGACAGGAAUUCAGGCUCAUGGAAUACCCAUAUUGAUGGAAGGUCGGAAUCUUGCUGCUAUCUCCCCAACGGGAACGGGAAAGACAUUGGCGUACCUUUUACCCAUUAUGUCGCUUCUCGGUGCCCCAGCUUCUAGCUCCAAGCUUGAUACUAGGAGCGGUGUUCGAGCGUUGGUCCUUGCACCUACACGCGAAUUGGCGCAUCAGAUACACAAUGAAUGCUUGAAGCUAGCGCAGGGGCGAAAAUGGCGAAUUAUAUUGUUCAGCAAAGCAACCGCAAAUGCACUGAAUGAUCAGAACGUCCGGGACAGCGUAGACAUAAUCAUUAGCACGCCUCUCAGAUUAGUCGCAGCAAUGCAGAGUGGCGUAAUAGGACUCGAGAAUGUGCGUCAUGUAGUGCUGGACGAAGCCGAUCGCAUGCUCGAUACGGAGUUUCUAGAUCAAGUGCAAGAAGUGAUAGCUGGAUGUUCACGGGAAGGUGUGCAAAAGGCUGUAUUCAGUGCCACUCUUCCAUCUGGUGCGGAGAAGAUUGCUAUGGACAUGAUGAAACACCCAAUCCGGGUAGUCGUUGGCCUGAAGGAUACGCCGUUGCCCCUCAUCGCUCAAUCUCUAACAUAUGUCGCCGAUGAUUUCUCCAAACUCCCAACCCUUCUGCAGUAUCUAGCUCAGCCCUACAACCCACCCCUCCUUAUCUUUGUAUCUUCUCAAGAGCGCGCAUCAUCGUUAGCAGAGGAGCUGGUUCUCAGCGGUAUACCGAAUGUCGAUCAUCUACACGCGGGGAUGACGAAGAAGGAACGAGAAGAUGCUGUCAGUCGCAUGCGGCAGGGGCAGAGCUGGGUCAUGGUGACGACCGAAGUGAUGGCGAGGGGAAUGGAUUUCAAAGGUGUUCGAGAAGUCAUUAGUUAUGACUUCCCUCAGAGCGUCCAGAGCUACGUUCAUAGAAUCGGGCGUACCGGCCGUAUGGGCCGCGAAGGAAAAGCGGUGACAUAUUUCACUGAUGAAGACGCGCCAUUCCUUAAAAUGAUUGCAAAUGUCAUUCUGCAGUCGGGUUCAUCCGUACCGGAAUGGAUGCUCAAGCUGCCGAAGCCAUCCAAAAUGAAAAGACGAGAGAUGGGCAAGGUAAAACGUGCAGAUACUGUCAAUGAUGCUCGCAGAAUAGGUAGAAGCGAUGCCAUCAAGAAGCGGGAAAUGGUUGCUGCCUCGAAGCGUCGCAAGGAAAAGGCCGAGGCUGUCUCUUCACAGUCGCAAGUCGAGGCCAAAAUUGACUCAUAGCGAAACGAUUUGCCCUUCCGUCUUCGUUUUCCUGCAUUACCUACUUUAUCUACAUAUAUUGCCAUUUCUUUCAUGAAAUUUCGAAUCAUGCCAUGAAGCUCUUCCCUACUCAAUGAAGAACGCCGAGGCUUGCGCCACUCGGUGGAAUUAACAUUAUGGGUAUGCCCACUGCACUACUGCGCGCAUCUCAUUAAAUCUGUCAGCAAGGAGUGGAUUGUUACAUACUAUGGAUCAAGUCGCAAGCCUGCAGGUCUGCUUAUCGGAUUCAUUUAC